GGAACAUGUGUCCCUGACCCCUCACCGAGGAGCGGGGCUUAACGUCCGCGAUUUAUCAGCUGCUCGACUUCUUCCAGCAAGCACCAGAGCAUAAUACAGUUUGACACAGCUAUAGAGCAUCGUCGCAUCAGUCAACUCGAACUAAACAUGUCCGAAUUCCCUACCCUCCAGCCCGCCUUCACCUUCAAGGUCACAAUCGAUGCUCCGCUAGGCGUCGGCAGCGCAUCUCGGCAGAACAGCCUGCAGGUCGUCCCCAUGACCGGCGGCACUGUCCAGAGUGUGCCUGGAUUCUCUCCUGCUCUUGACGCCGAGUUCGUCGGUGUUGGCAACGACUACAUCCACGCGGAUGCCGACGGCAAGCACCUGCGCCUGGAUGCGCAUGGUGUUAUCAAGCCAAAGAAUGGCGAUGAUCUCAUCUACCUGAACUACACUGGUGUCUGCACCCUGCUUCCCGAAGUGCAGGCCGUUUUCGCGGGAGCUGCCCCUGACGGCUCCACUCCGUUCAACAGUGCUUUCACGCACAUUACCUUCGAGACCGGCAGCGAACGCUACAAGGAGCUCGAGAACCGCGUCUUCAUCGCCCAGGGACGCUUCAACAUCGAAAAGGGCAAGCCCACUGUGGUCGAGUACCGCGUCAGCCAGGUUGUCCAAGGCUGAACCAGCAAUCAGAAUAUAAAUAAGACCUGCUAAAUAAAUGCAAGCCAGUCAAAUCCUCAUAAC